AAGAGGAAGACUUCGAGUGUGUUUGGCCAGCAGCUAUUUUCACGAAUCUCAGAUUACAACCCGUUCCUCGAGCCGACCAGGCGGGACAUUGUGAAAAGCUCCCACAGACGCGCUCCGGUGGGUGCUACGGUCGGGUGUGUGCUCACAGUGGUGCAGUGAAGCGUGUCGAUCCUGAUAAUUCCAACGAUCAAACAUAAGCGUCAGACAGCUUUAGGCACCCACCACCACCAUGCCUGGCCACGUCAAGAAGAGCACGGGUCCCGACCCCGACCCCUCCGAAUACCUGUUCAUCUCCAUGGAGAUGAAGAUGAAGGACGCCACCAAGCCUUACGAUUCCAAGAAGUCUUGCUGGAUUCCUGAUGAGAAGGAGGGCUUCGUUGAGGGUGAGAUCCAGGGCACAAAGGGCGACCUAAUUACAGUUUAUGCCGCUGGUGAGACCAAGAAUUUUAAGAAGGAGCAGGUCCACCAGGUCAACCCACCCAAGUACGAAAAAUGCGAAGAUAUGUCCAACCUGACCUUCCUCAACGACCCCUCCGUCCUCUACAACUUGAAGGCUCGCUACGUCAACAAGCUCAUCUACACCUACUCCGGCCUCUUCUGUAUUGUCGUUAAUCCCUACAAGCGUUACCCCAUCUACACCAAUCGUACUGUCAAGAUCUAUCAGGGCAAGAGGCGUAAUGAAGUGCCACCCCAUCUGUUUGCCAUCUCUGACGGUGCCUACAGUGCUAUGAUGCAAGUGGGCGAAAACCAGUCCAUGCUGAUUACCGGUGAGUCCGGCGCCGGCAAGACCGAGAACACCAAGAAGGUACUCUCAUACUUCGCCAACGUCGGCGCCACCACCUCAAAGAAGAAGGAGGGCGAGAAGCCAAAGCCUAACCUUGAAGACCAGAUCGUGCAGACCAACCCUGUGCUGGAGGCCUUCGGUAACGCCAAGACCGUCCGUAACGACAACUCCUCCCGUUUCGGUAAGUUCAUCCGUAUCCACUUCGGCCCAUCUGGCAAGCUGUCUGGUGCUGAUAUCGAGGUCUACCUGCUGGAAAAGGCUCGUGUCAUCUCCCAGCAGACUCUCGAGCGAUCCUACCAUAUCUUCUACGAGAUGAUGUCCGACCAGGUCCCUGAGAUCAAGUCGUCGUGCCUGUUGAGCGACGACAUCUACGAUUACCACUAUGUGUCUCAGGGCAAGGUCACCGUGCCUUCCAUCGACGACGGCGAGGACAUGCAGUUCUGCCACGAUGCCUUUGACAUUUUAGGCUUCAAUAAGCAAGAAAUUGAAGAUGUGUACAAGAUCACAGCUUCAGUAAUGCACUUUGGUGAGUGCAAGUUCAAGCAGAGGGGUCGCGAGGAACAGGCUGAACCUGAUGGUACUGAGGCAGGUGAAAAGGUCGCCAAACUGUAUGGUGUUGACGCUGCUGAUCUCUACAAGUGCAUCACCAAGCCCAAAAUCAAGGUCGGCACUGAGUUCGUGGCGAAGGGCAUGAACGUUAAUCAGUGCAACUACUCCGUGGGCGCCAUGGCCAAAGCCCUCUUUGAUCGUCUCUUCAAGUGGCUUGUAACCAAGUGUAACGAGACCCUUGCUACAGGACAGAAACGUGCAUCUUUCAUUGGUGUGCUUGACAUUGCCGGUUUCGAGAUUUUCGAGUACAACGGCUUCGAGCAAAUCUGUAUCAACUUCUGUAACGAGAAGCUGCAGCAGUUCUUCAACCACCACAUGUUCGUGCUGGAGCAGGAGGAGUACAAAAAGGAAGAGAUCGACUGGGUUUUCGUGGACUUCGGCAUGGACUUGCAGGCUUGCAUUGAACUUUUUGAGAAGAAAAUGGGUCUCCUUUCCAUCCUGGAGGAAGAGUCCAUGUUCCCUAAGGCCACUGACAAAUCCUUCGCUGAGAAGCUGAACACCAACCACCUUGGCAAGUCUCCGUGCUUCAUCAAGCCCAAAGCUCCCAAGGCCGGCCAACCUGAGUCCCACUUCGCCAUCGUCCACUACGCCGGCACUGUGAGCUAUAACCUGACAGGAUGGCUGGAAAAGAAUAAGGAUCCUCUUAACGACACUCUUGUAGAUCUCCUCAAGAAGUCAUCCAACCAGCUUUUGGUAGUCCUCUUUGCUGACCAUCCUGGCCAAUCCGGACCUGCUGAGACCGGUGGCGGCGGCAAAGGCAAAAAGGCUGGUGGCUUCAAGACUGUAUCUUCCGCCUACAGGGAGCAGCUCAACAACCUGAUGAAGACCCUGAACGCCACUCAGCCUCACUUCAUUCGUUGCAUUGUGCCCAACGAAACCAAGUCUCCAGGUGUCAUCGAUGCUGGUUUGGUUAUGCAUCAGCUGACUUGUAACGGUGUACUUGAGGGCAUCCGUAUCUGUCGCAAGGGCUUCCCCAAUAGGAUGCUCUAUCAUGACUUCAAGCACAGGUACAAAAUCCUUGCACCAAAUGAACUGUCCACCAUCCCCGAUGACAAGAAGGCCGCCAAAGCAUGCUUCGACAAGUCCAGCCUCGAUCCCGAGCUCUACCGUCUCGGCAAGACUAAGGUGUUCUUCCGCGCCGGUGUGCUGGGUACGAUGGAGGAGAAGCGAGAUGAGCGUCUCAGCCAGAUUGUUACAUGGAUUCAGGGCUGGGUAAGAGGUUUCAGCGCCCGCAAGGAGUACAAUCGUCUCAUCAAGCAGCGUGAGGCCCUUGUGGUCGUACAGCGCAACAUCAGGAAGUUCGUCAAGCUGAACUCUUGGGUAUGGUUCAAGCUGUGGCAGAAAGUUAAGCCUCUCAUCAACCAGCCUCGACUGGAGGAUGAGAUCCGCAAGCUCGAGGAACGAGCUGGAAAGGCUACUGAACUUUUGGAAGCAGAGCUUGCAACUUGCAAGGAACUAGAGGCAGCUAACACAACUUUGGCCGAGGAGAAGAACAACCUUAUUACCGAAAUGGAAUCCACAAGAGGUAACAUGUCCCAGUACAUUGAACAGCAAUCCAAGCUCCAGAGUCAGAAGACCGAACUCGAAGCUCAACUCUCUGAUACCCUCGAGAGGCUCCACAAAGAGGAGGAAGCCCGCAAUAACCUCUUCCAGAGCAAAAAGAAGUUAGAUCAAGACACUAAUAGUAUUAAGAGAGAGGUUGAAGACAUGGAACUGACUCUUCAGAAAAUCGAGCAGGAAAAGGCUACCAAAGACCAUCAGAUCCACAAGCUUACCGAUGAAAUUGCCAGCCAGGAGGAGCUGAUUGCCAAGCUAAACAGGGAGAAGAAACUGGUCCAGGAAUCUAGCGGAAAGACCGGUGAAGACCUCCAGGCAAUCGAGGAAAAAUGCAAGCACUUCAACAACGUUAAGAGCAAGCUGCAACAGACUUUGGAUGAGCUGGAGGAUUCAGUUGAGCGCGAGAAGAAGAAGCGAAGUGAGGUUGAGAAAGCAAGGAGGAAGCUGGAAGGCGACCUUAAACUGACCCAGGAAGCUAUUGCUGAUCUGGAGAGGAACCAAAAGGAAGUCGAAAGCAACAUUCAGCGUAAGGACAGGGAGUUUACUGCCCUCAAUACCAAGUUGGAGGAAGAGCAAAGCCAGAUCUCAAAGGUACAGAGGAACAUCCGUGAGCAGCAGUCCAGCAUUGAAGAGUUGGAGGCUGAAGUGGAACACGAGCGUCAAUCUCGUGCUAAGGCCGAGAAGGGCAAAUCUAAGCUGGAACGUGAGUUGGUGGAGCUGAGAGAACGUCUAGAGGAGGCCGGAGGAGCCACUGCCGCCCAGAUCGAGCUGAACAAAAAACGCGAGGCUGAGCUGGCCAAACUCCGCCGGGACCUUGAGGAAACUAACAUCCACCAAGAAGCCGCCCUCGGGCUGCUCCGCAAGAAGCAUAACGAUGCAGUAACAGAAAUGUCUGAACAGAUCGACCACCUAAACAAGAUGAAGGCCAGAACCGAGAAGGAAAAGGAUGCUCUUCGUCGUGAGGGUGACGAUGCUAAGGCAGCCCUAGAUGGUCUUGCUCGGGACAAAGCCGCAGCCGAGAAGGCCAUUAAGUCCGCUCAGGGAGUUCUUUCGGAACUGAACACCAGGCUGGACGAAGGUAGCAGGUCUCUCAAUGACGCUGACGCCGCCAAGAAGAAGCUGACUGUGGAAAAUUCUGACCUCCUCAGGCAGUUGGAAGAGGCAGAGAACCAGAUUAGCCAGCUGAGCAAGAUUAAGGCCUCGCUUUCCAUGCAACUUGAGGAAAACAAGAAAAUGGCAGAGGAGGAGAGCAGGGAACGCGCAUCACUGUUGGGCAAGUACCGCAACCUGGAACAUGACAUUGAUGGCCUGAGGGAGCAGGUAGAUGCUGAGGCUGAAGCUAAGACUGAUGGACAGCGCCAACUGGCUAAGGCCGAGGGUGAAGCCCACAUGUGGCGUUCAAAGUACGAGACAGAAGGUUUGGCCCGCGCCGAAGAGCUUGAAGCCGCUAGAUUGAAGAUUGCUGCCCGUCUGGAUGAGGCUGAGUCUCAAAUUGAACAGCUUAAUGUUAAGAACAGCAAUCUUGAAAAGCAAAGGCAAAAACUGACCUCCGAUUUCGAAAGUGAACAGGCUGCUGCUGAACGAGCACAGAGCCUUGCUCUGGCCGCUGAAAAGCGCCAGAAGAGCUUCGAAAGAUCCAUCAAUGAAUGGAAACAAAAGGUUGAUGAUCUGGCAGCUGAUCUUGACGCCUCCCAAAAGGAAUGCCGCAACUAUGCUACAGAGCUCUUCCGUUCCAAGGCUAUGUACGAAGAGAACCUCCAGCAGCUGGAUGCUGCACGUCGGGAAAACAAGGCAUUCAGCGACGAGAUCAAGGACCUCAUGGACCAGAUCACAGAGGGUGCUCGAUCACUCCAUGAUAUUGAGAAGAAUGCCAAGCGCCUGGAGAUCGAGAAGGAAGAGUUGCAGGCUGCCCUGGAAGAAGCUGAAUCUGCUCUGGAACAGGAGGAGAACAAGGUUCUCCGCGGCCAGUUGGAGCUCAGCCAGGUUAGGCAGGAGAUUGACCGUCGCAUCCAGGAGAAGGAGGAAGAAUUCAAUAAUACCAGGAAAGUCCACCAGCAAGCACUCGACAACAUGCAGACAACUUUGGAGUCUGAGGCCAGAGCAAAGGCCGAGGCACUGCGUCUCAAGAAGAAGCUGGAAUCUGACAUUUCCGAGCUUGAAAUUGCCCUUGAUCAUUCUACUAAAGCUUACAACGAGCUUCAGAGGAGCUACAAGAAGGUUCAGAAUGAGUACAAAGACCUCCAGGUGAAACUUGAGGAAGAACAGCGCCUUGCCUCCGAUUACCGUGAACAGUAUGCAGGUGCUGAGCGCCGCGCCAAUCAAAUCAACAGCGAGCUGGAGGAGUCCCGCACUCUGCUGGAGCAGUCUGACAGAGGCCGCCGACAGGCCGAGUCCAACCUUCUUGAGGCAAAUGAUCAGCUCAGUGAUCUCAACGCCCAGUACAGCGCUCUUUCCAUUGCUAAGAAGAAGCUUGAGGGAGAGUACCAGGCACUUCAGUCCGACAUCGACGAGAUGGCGAAGGAGGCCAAGAACUCCGAAGAGAAGGCAAAGAAGGCCAUGGUGGACGCCGCACGUCUAGCUGAUGAACUCCGCGCUGAGCAGGAACACGCCCAGAGCCAGGAGAAGAUGCGUAAGACUUUGGAGGCAGCCCUCAAAGAAGUGCAGGCAAAGCUUGAGGAGAGCGAGACCUAUAUCGCGAAGACAGGCAAGAAGGCCGUUGCUAAACUGGAGACCCGCGUCCGUGAACUGGAAAGCCAAUUCGACGAUGAAGCCCGCCGCCACUCUGACGCCCAAAAGAACCUGAGAAAGUGUGAGAGGCGUAUCAAGGAGCUCACCUUCCAGGCAGAUGAGGACAAGAAGAACCACGAAAGGAUGCAGGACCUCGUUGAUGGCCUUCAACAGAAGAUCAAGACCUACAAGAGGCAGAUCGAGGAGGCCGAGGAGAUUGCUGCUCUCAACCUGGCUAAGUACCGCAAGGCCCAACAGGAGCUCGAGGAAUUGCACGCUUUUUAGAACAAAAAACAUCACCAAACUGCCCUACACUCCAGUGACGGUUAUCUAAGGACUACGAGAAAACCUCAAAAUAAAUAAUAUCAAUGCCAUGCGCUUCUGUGUUCGCAUGAACUCAUGCUACGAAUGGAACGAUAGAAAACCUUUUUUCUCACUUAACAAAGUGAAUAAAAUUUAUUGGAUAUACUGGGCUUAUUUUGUCAAAGUAACAUGCUCACAAUCAUAUGAGCCCCCUUGCAGCAAAUGUAUUCUUCAUCAUAGAUAUGGCGAUCAUUCUGUUGUGAGAUAGAAAAUAAAUUUGGCAAAAAGUU